GAGAGAGAGAUUAGAAUGGGCAGGUCACCCUGUUGUGAUGAGAGUGGCCUGAAGAAGGGGCCAUGGACACCCGAGGAGGAUAGCAAGUUGAUCGAUUACAUUCAGAAGCACGGACAUGGGAGUUGGAGGGCACUCCCCAAACAUGCAGGGCUCAACAGAUGUGGCAAGAGUUGCAGGUUGAGAUGGACAAACUACUUGAGGCCUGAUAUCAAGAGAGGAAAGUUCUCCCAAGAGGAAGAACAAACUAUCCUGCAUCUUCACUCUAUCCUUGGCAACAAGUGGUCGGCCAUUGCAACUCACCUACCAGGACGGACAGACAAUGAGAUCAAGAACUUCUGGAACACUCACUUGAAGAAGAAGCUCAUCCAGAUGGGCUUCGAUCCGAUGACGCACCGCCCGAGGACGGAUCUCUUCAACAACCUCUCCCAGCUGCUUGCCUUGGCCAAUCUGAGGGACAUGAUGGUUAAUCAUCCAUGGGAAGACCAUGCUGCCAGGCUGCAAGCAGAGGCCGCUAACAUGGCAAGACUUCAGUACAUGCAGUAUCUUCUCCAAUCUGCAGCAGAUAUGACUAGCAGCGCUAGCAGUACCGUGAGCAAUAAUAUCACAGAGAUGGAAAGCCUAAAUUUCUUGACACCUUCUUCAUCGAAGCCUUUUCAGAUUGAUGAUCAGGAAGCCAUGGGAUGGACUGCCAACUACCAAUUGGACAAUGCUGCUUGCUCUCUUGCACUUGCUCCUUCACAGAGCUUUCCAGACCAAAUAGGCCACACUUCUGCUCAGAAUAUGCAACUCCCACCAAACUUUGAAUCCUUCAAUAAUAACAACCAGGAGUCAGGCUGCACACUCAUCAAUCCAGAAGACUCGGCAUCAAAAUGUUCAAACUUGUUCUCCCCUCUUCCCCACGCCGGUCCAGCUGAGAACUCGGCCGGCAACAAGGGUGAUGCCUCAAGCAAUUCCGGAUAUGGAGCCUCGGGGAUCUGGCCGGAAUUCUUACUUGAUGACGCUUUCAUGCAGGAGAUCGUUUGA